UUUUCUACCACUGCAGCAUCAGCAGAGAGGAGAGAGGGGGCACACUCACUUCCAUAGCAAGGAGGAAGAAAAGGCUCAAGCAGAUCAGGAAGAGAGGGAGGGGAAAAAAAGGGCGCAAAGAACCACCAGCAGACAGGAGCAUCACUCUGAGGUUUCCUGAGAAAGGGCGUGGCACUGAUUUAAAGGCCAAAAGGAGAGACAGAAGACCAGCAGGACCGGAGACAUAUGAACCUUGCAUGUGAAGCACAUCCUGACACCUGCUCACCUUCUGUGUGCGUGUGCUAGCCUCUGUGUGUAUUGUACUGUGAGUCUUUGAGCAGGGGGGAAUUUGAUGGCACUGUGAGCAAUGCCUCUCAUGCAGCGACAGCAGGUUUACAGUAGGGGGCACAACUCCUUCCACCUCCUCCCCCUUGUACUAGCUCUCCUUUUCCUCGGAGUCCUGCCCAGCCAGGCAGCCAUUGAAAUGCCCUCCAACUGGGAACACAAAAGGCCUCCUCAGAUAACCAGGCACCCAGAUUCAGUCACCAUAUUUAGCUUUGAGGACCUGAACAUGACCUGUGAAGCAUCUGGCGUCCCUCCACCCAGUUUUAGCUGGACUAAGGAUGGACUGCCAUUUGACCCAAGCAGUAAAACAGAGCUUGAAGUUAAGAAAAAUCCGUACUCGUUUGUUUUCCAAGCACUUCCAAGUAAUACUAGGGACCCGCCAAAGUCAUACGAAGGCAAAUACGUCUGCUAUGCUACCAAUGAGCUUGGUACUGCAGUGUCAAAGGAAGCAAUACUUCGAACCGAUGUCCCCCCUACCCUGCAGAGGGAGAAUAGAGUUUCUGUGAAGUCAGAUGAGGGAAGCAGCAUCGUGCUGAAGUGUAACCCCCCUCAGAGCUCCAUGGAGCCCAACAUUCAUUGGAUGGAUCAGAAUUUGCGCCAUAUUCAGCUGAGUAAGCGGAUGGUGGUUGGAUUGGAUGGCAACCUGUACUUUGCCCAUUUGACAAUGGAUGACAGUCGGGAUGACUACACCUGUAAUGUCCAAUACCUGGCAACACGCAUCAUUCUGAUAAAGGAGCCCAUCACUCUGAAAGUCAACCCAUCCAAUUCGGUAGUGCGGAAUCGGAGACCGCACAUGAUGAGGCCUACUGAAGGCGAAAGCACGUACCACGCCCUUAGGGGCCAGACUAUAAAACUCGAGUGCAUUGCUCAAGGCCUUCCAACUCCUGAAAUAACAUGGCUGAAGAAGGAAGGGGAACUUGAUGAAUCUCGGACAACCAAAUCAAUGUUUGACCGACACUUGACAAUCAAAAACAUCUCUGAAAGUGACAGCGGAGAGUACCAGUGCAUAGCCAAGAACACCCAAGGAAAUGCCAAACACACCUAUCAUCUGAAAGUAGAAGCUAAGCCAUAUUGGAAAGAGAUUCCAGAGAGUCUGAUCUAUGCCCCAGGUGAGACUGUAAGACCAAACUGUGCAGCCGAUGGCACCCCCACUCCUACUAUCAGCUGGACAAAGAAUGGGGAGAAAAUCUCAGGAAGCAACUCUGGAAAUGCUGUAAUAGCAGAAAAUGGUUCCCUGAUCCUAAACCGUGUCAACUCUGGAGACACUGCUGUCUAUCAGUGCCAGGCCUCCAACAAACAUGGCACCAUCCUCACCAAUACCCAUGUAUAUGUCAUCGAAAUCCCUCCACAGAUUGUUACAGAGGACAGGAAACUGUACUCUGUUACUGAAGGCCAGAGUGUUUCCCUGGAGUGUGAGACCUUUGGCUCUCCUAAACCCACAGUCACAUGGGAAAGAGGGGAACAGUACCUUCUUGCUGAUCCCAGAGUUAACCGGCUCACCAAUGGGGGGCUACAGAUCUUUAAUGUCAGCCACGACGAUGAAGGUUCCUACACCUGCUCAGUUCAAAAUGCCAACGUGUCAAUCACAGCUGAACUGGAGGUGUUCAACAGGACAGUGAUCCUCACACCACCCAAGGACCUGAAGGUACAGCCAGGGACCAAAGCGAUCUUCACAUGUGUGGGCCUUUAUGAUACCAAUCUGAGGCUUCCUCAAAUUCAGUGGCGAAAGAACAACCAGAAGCUGAUGGAAUCCUUCAGUGAUGAAAAAUACACAUUUGAUGGUGCAGACUUGAUAAUCGCUAACGUGGAACCAGAUGAUGAGGGCAUUUAUACCUGCCAGAUCAUCUCCUCCCUGGACCAGGCUGAAGCCAGCGCUACUCUGACUAUAUGUGACCGUCCAGACCCUCCAGGCCUCCUCCAGAUCUCUGAUCCCAAGCAUCGUGCAGUCUCUCUCAGCUGGACUCCUGGAGACGACCACAAGAGCGCUGUUUUAGAGUAUAUAAUUGAGUUUGAAGACCAAGAUUUAAAGGAGAGGGGCUGGGAAGAGCUGAAGAGAGUAGGAGGCAACCAGGAGCAUGCCGUCCUCUCCCUCUGGCCGUACAUGUCCUACCGUUUUCGGGUCACAGCCAUUAAUGAAGUAGGGAAAAGUGACCCUAGCAAGCCCUCUGAAAUCCACAGCACACCAGCUGAAGCUCCGGAGAAUAACCCAGAAGAUGUCAGGAGCGACUCUAUAGACCCAGACACCCUCCUCAUCACCUGGGAGAAAAUGGACAAACGUAACUUCAAUGGACCUGAUUUCAAGUACAAGGUACAGUGGAGGCGUGUACUGGGCAGCGGACCAAAGUGGCAGGAGAGAGAGACAACCGAGCCUCCAGUCAUCGUUCCUGACGUUGGCAAUUUUUCCGCUUUUGAGAUAAAAGUUCAGGCCAUUAAUGCGAAUGGUGAUGGACCGGAGCCAGACCCUGUUAUUGGCUACUCAGGGGAGGAUGUUCCCCUGGAAGCUCCAAUGGAUGUGGGAGUCGCAGUACUUAACAGCACUACGAUCAGAGUGACCUGGGCAGCUAUAGACAGAAACACAGUCAGAGGACACCUGCUGGGAUAUAAGGUACACCUCACCAGAAAGGGCUACAGGGGUCACCACCGUGGCCGGAGAUCCAGGGAGGCUGAGAGCACUGUGGUAGAGGAGACUGGUCCUAAUGAAGAAACAAAGCUGAUCAGUAAACUUAGACCAUACUCCCGCUACCUCCUGUCCGUCGCCGUUUUCAACAAAAGGGGGGAAGGACCCCACUCUGAGCCGCUGCCCUUCAACACUGAGGAGGGAGUACCCAGUCCUCCCACAUCCCUGCUCCUUGACAGCCCAUCAGAGACAGAAAUGGCCCUUCACUGGACGCCUCCGGCCCACCCAAAUGGUAUACUGACAGGAUACCUGCUGCAGUACCAGCGAAUUACAGAGAGCGAUGACAGCCCCUUACAGAAGGAUGAGAUAGACAACCCCACAGCCACCCACUAUACCCUGAAAGGUCUGGACCGUCACAGCCAGUAUCGCUUCUUUCUGAGGGGGCUCACUAAAGCUGGGAAGGGAGAGCCCAUCAUUAUGACGGGCGCCACCACACUAGAUGGAGUGCCUCCCUCGGAUAUAAGCCUAUCUGUGGGAGAAAACUCUGUAAAUGUGAGCUGGGAAGCCAAGAGGAGACACAGAAAUGUGGGUUUCUACAUCCACUACCUCAAAAAGAAUGGUGGUGUAAACUGGAAAAAGUCGGAGAAGGUGAACUCUUCUCAGACUUUUUACCAGCUUCGGGGCCUGAAUCCUGGCUCUGAUUAUCUUCUGCGCUUCUUCUACGGAAACGCAUCAUUCUGGGAGACUGACAUUAAGACAGAGGGAGAAGAAAUGACAGAGGUGCAGGCGAGCAUUGCAACGCAGGGCUGGUUUAUUGGUGUUGUGAGUGCCCUUGUGUUGCUGUUGUUAAUACUACUCAUCCUCUGCUUCAUCAAGAGGAGUAAAGGAGGGAAAUACUCAGUGAAAGAUAAAGAGGAUGGUCCAAUGGACUCAGAAGCAAGACCGAUGAAAGAGGAAACAUUUGGAGAGUACAGAUCUCUGGAAAGUGAUCUUGAAGAGAAGCAAACCGCCAGCCAGCCGUCUUUGUGUGAAGACAACAAGAUGUGCAGCGAGGACACCCUGAACUUUGGCAGCAGUGCUCUCACCACAGAGCUCAACCUGGAUGAAUCUUUGGCUAGCCAGAUCAGUCGUCCGAGUGAAGGUCCAGAAGGAUUCCGUGGCGUGCCGGACAACUCCCCACUGAAUCCCACUACCAUGGCCCCAACCACUAAUGGCAUGCCCAAUUCAAUCACCAUCCUUGAUUAACUCCCACCAGAGACCAUCAGACCAAAAUGUCAACACGUAUGUGCCCAUACUGUCCUGUUCCCCUUCUGACUUGCUGAUGUUUAUUUUAAGGUCCAGUGCACAAUCAUAUACAGACUUUUUAUAUGCCCUCUGGCAGUCAUCCGAAUGAUUAGACAUUUGUGACCAAAGGAGAGUCCAAAGUAGUGGACCAUGUGACACCAAUCGUUCCAUCCAACUUUUUUGAAUAGCUUACAGUUAAUUCAAACAGCUUUUGUUUAUUCGAACCCUUUUCCUCUUUUUACUUUAAACAACAGAAACAUAUAGACAGAAUGUUGCAUAUCAUGAAAUAUCAGGGGUUCGAGGUGUGGUCACAGAGAUGCAGAAAAGUGCAUUAAGUAAAUGUGGAGGAUAAUGAUGGAGCACAGCGUGGGGAAACAGACAGCAUACAGUACCUUGUAAAAAUAUUUACAACCCUUGAAUUUUUAAAUCCAUCCUGUUUUAAUUACAAACAUGUAUUGUAAACAAACAUUUUGUACAGAACAAUAUGUUCAUCACAUAAUUAUGGAGGGAAAGGACUUUUUGUAUACAAAAUCAGAAAAGCAUGACUUGCAUAUCAACAGGCUAUAUGCCUAACUUCACUAGUUCCUAAACUUUCAUCACUGGACAUGCUACCUCGGUAACUAUGACGCAGCUGGAUUGAUCAGUAUGUCUAGUAAUAAAAGACAUGGAACAAAGGAGCUGGUCAAAGUUCAGAAAAUAGUGAAGCUGGGUAUAUUGCCCAUUAAGCCCUCAUAUAAAAAUACUUUAAAUAACCAUCGCUGGCAACUACGGCUACAAGUUAUUUGGGACUUUGUCAAUUUUCAAUAAUUCUUUUUUAGUAGAAUACCCCAAACUCGUUCUGAUGCGGUGCAGAGCAUUUCUGUUGACCCUUACACCUGGGUGCAUUUUAAAAACCAAUCCGACUAACAGUCAUGCUGUUGGAGGAAACUGGAGUACCCAGAGAGAAUUCAUGCAUGUGCAGGGAAAACAUACAAACUUUAUGAAGAAAGACCGUUGACAGGGUUCAAACCCACAACAUCUUGCUUCAAGGCAACAGUGCUACAAAGUGGCACAAUGCAGCCCACACUGAACACAGAUUUUUUAAUCUUAUGUUAUACUUUGAUUUGAUUUAGAUCUGGACUUUGACUAUCCCAUUCUGAAAAAAAAAAAAAAGUUAAU